CCCUUUAAGAGCGGCCGGCGGACCCGGCCUCCGCCUCUCAGGGCGCGGAGCGCGCGGUCACCUGAGGCUCGCAGGGCAGCCGGAUCGCGGCGGGGCUGGCGCUCUCGCCCACGGAGGUAGCAGACGGGGCCCGGCCGCCAGGUGCCCGGAGCCUACUGGGAGCGUGGCCGUCCCGCGCUUCUCCCGGCGGAGGAUGCGGGAGCGCAUCUGGGCGCCGCUGCCGCUGCUGCUGCCGCUGCUGCUACCGCCACCGCUGUGGGGCGGCCCCCCGGCGCUGGAGCCCGGGCCUCUGCAGCCCUUCGACCUGCUCUACGCCAGCGGCGUGGCCGCCUACUACAGCGGGGACUACGAGCUAGCCGUGCGCGACCUGGAAGCGGCGCUGCGCAGCCACCGGCGCCUGCAGGAGAUCCGCGCCCGCUGCGCCCGCCACUGCGCCGCGCGUCGCCCGCUCGCGCCCCCCGGCGCCGGGCCCGGGGCCGAGCUGCCCUUCUUCCGCGCCGUGCUCGAGCGGGCGCGCUGCUACCGCAGCUGCGAGUCCCAGCGCCUCGGGGGACCCGCGUCCCGCCACCGCGUCAGCGAGGAUGUGCGCAGCGACUUCCAGCGCAGAGUGCCCUACAACUACCUGCAGCGGGCCUACAUCAAGCUUAACCAGCUGGAAAAGGCGGUGGAAGCAGCCCACACGUUUUUCAUGGCCAACCCUGAGCACAUGGAAAUGCAGCAGAACAUUGAGAAUUACAGAACGAUGGCCGGCGUUGAAGCGCUCCAUUUGGUCGAUAGAGAAGCCAAACCACACCUGGAGAGUUACAGUGCAGGAGUUAAACAUUAUGAGGCUGAUGACUUUGAGCUAGCUAUCAAGUACUUUGAACAAGCUUUAAGAGAAUAUUUCAGCGAAGAUAUGGAGUGCAGAGCCCUGUGUGAGGGGCCUCAGAGAUUUGAAGAGUACGAGUAUUUAGGGUAUAAAGCUGGUCUCUAUGAAGCCAUUGCAGAUCACUACAUGCAGGUGCUGGUUUGUCAGCAUGAAUGCGUGAGGGAACUUGCCACCCGCCCUGGCCGCCUCUCACCGAUUGAGAACUUUCUUCCCCUGCAUUAUGACUACCUACAGUUUGCCUACUAUCGAGUUGGUGAAUAUGUGAAAGCCUUGGAGUGUGCCAAGGCCUAUCUUCUCCUCCAUCCAGAUGAUGAGGAUGUCCUAGUCAAUGUGGAUUACUAUGAGAGUCUGUUGGAUGACAGCGUUGACCCAGCGUCCAUUGAGGCCAGGGAGGAUUUGGCAAUGUUUGUGAAGCGUCAUAAACUGGAAUCAGAACUAAUAAAAUCAGCUGCAGAGGGUCUGGGAUUUUCAUACACUGAGCCGAAUUAUUGGAUCCGAUAUGGAGGACGGCAGGACGAGAAUCGAGUCCCUUCAGGAGUGAAUGUAGAGGGGGCAGAAGUCCAUGGAUUGUCAAUGGGGAAAAAAUCACCCAAGAUAGACCGAGACCUAAGAGAGGGUGGCCCCCUGCUCUAUGAGAACAUCACGUUUGUCUAUAACUCGGAGCAGCUGAACGGGACUCAGCGGGUUCUCCUGGAUAACGUCCUGUCGGAAGAACAGUGUCGGGAGCUCCAUAGCGUGGCCAGUGGCAUCAUGCUUGUUGGUGAUGGAUACAGAGGAAAGACUUCACCUCAUACACCCAAUGAGAAGUUUGAAGGUGCAACUGUCCUGAAAGCACUCAAAUUUGGUUAUGAAGGCCGAGUCCCACUGAAGAGUGCCCGUCUGUUUUAUGACAUCAGCGAGAAGGCUCGAAAGAUUGUAGAAUCCUAUUUCAUGCUGAACUCAACCCUGUAUUUUUCCUAUACGCACAUGGUCUGCCGAACAGCCCUGUCUGGUCAACAGGACAGAAGAAAUGACCUCAGUCAUCCCAUCCAUGCUGACAACUGUCUAUUGGAUCCAGAGGCCAAUGAAUGCUGGAAGGAGCCUCCUGCUUACACAUUUCGGGACUAUAGUGCUCUCCUGUAUAUGAAUGAUGACUUUGAAGGAGGAGAAUUCAUAUUCACUGAGAUGGAUGCCAAGACUGUGACUGCCUCUAUAAAACCAAAGUGUGGGCGUAUGAUCAGCUUCUCAUCUGGAGGAGAGAACCCGCAUGGGGUGAAGGCAGUCACCAAGGGCCAGAGGUGUGCUGUGGCUCUCUGGUUUACCUUGGACCCGCUCUACAGAGAACUGGAGCGGAUACAGGCCGAUGAAGUGAUCGCAAUCCUGGAUCAAGAACAGCAAGGGAAGCAUGAACUGAGUAUCAACCCCAAAGAUGAGCUAUAAAAAUGAGAAAGAAUGUUCUAUGAGAUAUUUAUUUAAAUUGUUAAUCUUAUGAGAACCUUUUUAUUUUUGUACAGAGCCAUAGUAUAAAUUAACAGGUUAAUAUGAGUCACAGAUCUCCCUUCUCUUCCUAAGGAUGCUUGCUUUGCCUCUCUCAGUCUGUCGGUCUUGAUUUUUCAUCACUUCAUCUCUCAAAGUCUAGGCACCCACUGCCCACCACACACACACACACACAUGCACACACACACACACAGACACACACACACACAAUUCAUUUGCUGCAGAUCCAAAAGCUCCAGCAGAAAGAAUAAGCCCGUUCUUGGCAAAACUACAGCUCUCAUGCGUGCUCCAGUUCUAAAGUUAGCAUGUGACUUGGACUCAGAAGGCCUUUCUGGCUCUGUGCCUUCCAGCACAUCCUCUCACAGUGCUGACAGCCAUGAGUUUGAAUCUGAGGAUCCCUUGGCGGGGUCCACACUGCCUCACGGAUCACUGGCCUGAGAGUUCCCCAGCCUCUGAGAAGGAACUGCUCGGAGGAGUUCUGCAUGAGAUGGAGGGCCCCAGCCUUCCAGGGCCUUGGUGGAGUCUUUGGCUCUGGUAUUUUCACCAGAGAACAAACUUACACUGGAAGCUUCAAUUCACUCUCCGCAGUGCUCCAGAAAGGACUGCCCUAUGAGUUGUGUCUUUAAAACAGUUGUAUGGGGUGGAAGAAGAAAGGCUCUUCACCCCAAUGCCUUUGGAAGGAAGUCUUUAAUCCCUCCUGGACCAGGGCGCCAUUGCCCCCGUGCCUGAGAGUGGGGUCCACUGGUGAGAAGGGGCGCUUUGUUCUUAAGUAAGAAGAAUGGAUUUCUGAUUGAUUCCAGUCUUCAUCUGCAUAUAUUUUGGUGGCCUCUCCUCUUUGCGGCUGUCCAGCACACGGAUUCUUGCUUGUGUCUGAUUUUAAAUAAAGGGAGCCUUAUUUUAA